AUGAUUAACUGCAAUUGGAUUCUGGGGACUAGUGAACAUGAUGCAGUUCUUACAGAUAUCGUGUCCUUGCAACCAAAGCAACAGCAACAACAACAGCAACAGCCACAUGGAGAUAUUGAGGGAAGAUAUGUUACAGUGAUCAGACCACAGGAUUGCAAGGAGCAGUGUGCAUUGACAAUCAAGUUCGAAACAGCAGUGUUAUUACAUGAUAUAGUAGUGUGCUCUCAAGCUAGAUUGGUCGAGGUAUACUCUGGCGAGUUGGACGACUACCUUGUAACAAUGAAGGCACUGCAAAUCAAUGAAGACGAUGAUCCAGUCGACAAAUAUGAGGCCCAACAUCACUUUAAUAGUAGAGUCAAUGCAACUAACUUGAAGAUAAAGUUCUGCUCAUUGUUGGAGAAGGAUAAAAAUAGGAUAUCCAAGGUCUAUGUACUGUAUACCAAGGUCGAGACCAACAACAGUAAUGGCAUGGACAUGAUGGGUAUGGACAAGGAGAACUCACUCAACUCGAUGAUGGCCAUAAUGUCAAUGCUCACAAAGACAUCAGAUUCAUUCCAAGGGUUACAACAAAUGUCAAACACUAAAUCCUCGACUCAGUCUCAUGUUCCUCCUCCCCAUGUUCCUCCUACUCCCUCCUCGGUCACUGCCAUGGCAUUGCCUCCCAAACCAAUCAAUCAUCAUCAACAACAACCUCAACAACAAAAUACUAUAUCAACUAAUGUAGCGACACAUCCACUAGUCGGUACCGAUAACAUUGCACUGAUACAGUCGAUGCUGGACAAAAUGGAACAAAGGAUUAACAACAAGUUUGAAGUCAUACUCAGCAGGAUAGAGGCAAUCGAACAAAAGUUGGAAAAAUGA